AUGGAGAGGAUGAUUAUUUUCUGUAUGCUUUUCUUCUGUUCCAGCAUGGCGCUGACUGCAGCUCCAUACAAAAUAGUAAAAUACAGACAGCUUCAUAAGACAAUUACACGGUUACAAAACACAGUGAAAGAUAAGGAUGUUGAAUUGCUGCAUACACCAGAAAACCCUGUGGACGAAUGCCUGUUCACCGCUGUGGCCUGCUUCCAGAAGGGCACACUGAAAUUACAACCAGAAAACAGCGAAGUAAAUUCCACAUUCAUCCAAGCUAUUACCGUCUUGAAAAAAUUCACCCUCAGAGACUCUGGAAAGCAGUGUGAGUCUUCAUGUGAAUCUUAUGAGAAAAAAACCCCCAAAGAGUUUUUGAAGAGCUUUGAAAAACUAAUCCAAAAGGUAAUCAGACACACCAGAGCUGAAGGCUACUGA